AUGAACCAAAACUACGAGGCUUUCGUCCGGUCUUAUGUAGAGCAAGAAGCAAAGCACGAUCCAAGCACUCAUAAUUAUAGCAUUUAUAUAUAUUCAAUCAUUUGUAUUGGUUUCAUUCUUUUAGGAAUUUCCACAUUUUCAAAUGUACUUCCGGCAACACUUUGCACCAUUGUUUCAAUUAUUGGAACAUUAAUGUCAUCAUUAGUUUUAAUUGUUUUCUGGGAUCUCUAUCAAAAAACUCUAAAAACUCGUAGUUUGGAUGAAAUAACUGACGUUUCACAAGAAUCGGGAGUUUGA